AUGGGCGGUCAUGAUCAUUGUUCUGUGUAUGGAUGUAGUAACCGUAGAUCAAAGAAUUCAGUAGUAUCGUUUUUUAGAUUCCCUGUAAAUGCACAUCGGAGAAGAUUGUGGAAAGUUGCCAGUCAGCGUGACGAAAAAACUUUAAGAAUUACUGAGCACACGAAGGUGUGUUCAGUCCAUUUUGUCACAGGUAAACCGUCGAAAGACUCCAAACAUGUUGACUUUGUGCCUACUCUUAAACUGCACAAACGUGAGAUAAGUGCUAAAUGCAGAACAUCUUCUACCAGUAAAAAGAUCUCAGAAUGGACGACUUCCGUUGAGAAAGGACAUAGUGUAUCGGCUAAUGUUACAACACCUGGGAAAAGAUGCCGGCGGCGCCUGGCCCCAUACCAGGUACCUGACAUUGGAAGUGAAGUUCAAAUUCCGUUACCCGAGACCGCAAAACAGUUUCCAGUUCCCUUGACCGAAAUACCCGAGGAAUCCUACUUUAUUGAUAGUCAAGACCAUGCAUACAAUGCGAGCUGGACAAGUGCACAUGCACCUUAUAAUGGACAACGCCCAUCCACCAUCUGUGAAGCUGGAACACAAGUCCCAAAAAUUGUGACAUCAGAUGUAUCAUCACAGACAUGUAGCAAUGUAUUAAGUGACUCCGUUUUACUUAAGCAGAAAGAUUCAUAUAUACAAACACUCAAGAAACAUAUACACAGGCUUGAGGACCAGAUUGUAAAUCAACCCUCAUCAUUUACAGCUAAGUCCAUGUUGACAAAUGAUAAAAGUGUGCAGUUCUGGACAGGACUACCAAACAAAGGUGUUUUUGAUUCCCUGUUUCAGUACCUAAAAGGGAAAGCUCAGAAUUUGAGAUAUGAUCGUGGGAAUGUGUCGGUUUCAAAUAACAGUAGUGAUUUGAAAGUAAAACCAGGGAAAAACAGGAAAAUAAGUUUGGAAAAUGAGUUUUUUGCUGUAUUGGUGCGAUUACGUGUAAAACUUCUCCUUACGGAUAUUUCUCAACGCUUAGGCAUAUCAGAGGCCCAUUUCUCUAAAAUAUUUUCCACAUGGGUUCGCUUCCUCAGAUUGGAAUUGUCAGAACUAAUGCGGUUUCCCUCUUUGCGUGAGAUACAGAAAAAUCUACCUCCUCAGUUUUCUAGGUAUCCAAAUACUAGAGUGAUAAUUGAUUGCACUGAAAUCCAUGUUGAAAAACCAUCAUCUUUGAAAGCUCAGCGACAGACUUGGUCUAAUUACAAACAUAACAACACCUAUAAGGCACUAGUAGGAAUAACUCCAGAUGGAACUGUUUGCUUUCUUUCAAACUUAUAUGGGGGGUGUGCUUCUGACAAAAAGAUAACUAGAGAGUGUGGUAUUGUCGGUGAACUUGUUUCUGGGGACUGUGUAAUGGCUGACCGUGGCUUUGAUAUAGCGGACUUACUAAAUCCUAAAGGAGUGCAACUCAACAUUCCCCCAUUUCUCCACGCAAAGGAUGGACAGUUGACACCAGAACAAGUUGAAGAAACUCGUAGGAUUGCCGAAGUUAGAAUUCAUGUGGAAAGGGCUAUACAGAGAAUAAAAUCUUUCCAGAUUCUUCAGGGAACUAUACCACUAUCUCUCCAUGAUCUAGUAGAAGACAUAUUCUUGACAUGUGCUAUUUUAACAAUUUUUCAAACUCCCAUAAUUAAAACCAGUUGUGAUUGA